AUGGUGACAGCCACUGUAACUACUGACGUUUGUCUCUUUGAUCUCGACGGUACUAUUGUCAACACAACAAAAGCCGUUGAGCAGGCAUGGGUUGGGUUAUGUACCGAACACAACGUGGACCCUAAGACGCUCUACGAGCAUUCUCACGGUACCAGAACUGUUGAAGUCAUGGCAAGAUUCUUCCCUGAUAUUGAUAAUACUGAUAACAAAGGUGCACUUGAAUUUGAAGCCUCCAUCUCCAGGGACUUUGGAGACCUAGUAGUGCCGAUUAACGGGCAUUCGACGCUCUUGAACUCCUUGGACUGCAAUAAAUGGUGCAUCGUUACUAGUGGUAACCAGGGACUUGCUCAUGGGUGGUUCGGGAGUGUUUUGAGUGAUGUCAAGAAGCCAGAUGUGUUUAUCACCGCGGAUAUGGUUACAAAUGGUAAACCUCAUCCAGAAGGCUAUUUGACAGGUGCACAGCUUCUAAGCGAAAAGCUCGGGUUGGACCAUUCAAACGUUAAGAAAGUUGUCUUUGAAGAUGCACCUGUUGGAAUUGGUGCUGGGUUAAACGCAGGUGCUUUAGUCAUUGGUAUUGCCAGUGGGUUCGAGGCUCAAAAGCUAUACGAUGCAGGUGCCACAUACGUUGUUAAGGACCUCUCCCAUGUUAGAGUGGUUGAUCCAUCAAAGAUAGAGUUAGAGAUUGACUACAUAGAAAAGGCAUAG